AUGAAUGAUAAAGGAACAAAGAGAAAUAAAAAGACAUUAACUUUUUGCACUGACUUUGAGAAAUCGAUUGUUAUUAACACUUUUUUGAGGCGACGGUGGAGGCAAGUUUCUUCGGAUGAAGAUUGGAAUAUUUAUUGGUCAAACACUCUCAAUUGUCGAAAUAUUUUUAGCCAUGAAAUUGGAUAUCGGCUUAGGGACAACCAGCUCAUAAAUCAUUUUCCAAAUCAUUAUGAAUUGGUGCGUAAAGAUUUGUUAGCUCGAAAUAUAAAUCGAUAUAGGAAAGAAUUAGAGAGAGCUGGAAAUCCUAUCGCUAAGAAAAUACACAAAACCCUUAACAAUGGCCAAAAGAUCUCAAGAUAUGUGCAUUUAGAUUUUAUACCGACUACUUACAUCUUGCCCUCGGAUUACAAACUGUUCAUCGAAGAAUAUCGUAGAAAUCCCCAAUACACCUGGAUAUUAAAACCUUGUGGAAAAUCACAAGGAGCUGGCAUUUUUAUAAUAAAUAAUUUAUCUAAACUUAAAAAAUGGGCUCGAGAAUCCAAAAAAUACUUUCAACAUCAUCUAUUAAGGAAAGACACGUAUGUAAUAUCACGCUACAUUCACAAUCCGCUUUUGAUUGGAGGAAAAAAAUUUGAUUUAAGGAUAUACGUCCUUGUGACAUCAUUCCGUCCUUUAAAAGCUUAUAUGUAUAAACAUGGAUUUUGCAGAGUUUGUUCCUUAAAGUACAGAGAUGCUGAGCUUGAAAACAUGUUUAUUCAUCUAACUAACGUGAGCGUUCAAAAACAUGGAGAGGAAUAUAAUUGUUAUACCGGCGGUAAAUUAAGUCUAAAUAAUUUAAAAUUAUAUUUAGAAGGAACAAGAGGUCAAGCGGUAACAAAAAGACUAUUCGAAGAUAUUCAAUGGUUAAUAGUUCAUUCUCUUAAGUCGGUGGCUUCAAUUAUGUCUAAUGAUCGUCAUUGUUUUGAAUGCUACGGAUACGAUAUCAUUAUAGAUAAUAACCUAAAACCAUGGCUUAUAGAAGUUAAUGCCUCUCCAUCUAUGACAGCCACAACAAUUAAUGACAGGAUUCUUAAGUCUAAUCUCAUUGAUAAUAUUUUAUCCGUUGUUCUACCACCAAACGGAAUUCCUGAUGCGCGUUGGAACAAAGUACCCAAUGAAAAUGCUUUAGGGGAUUUCGAAAGACUUAUAGAUGAGGAAUGCCUUGGCAAAGAUGAUAUAGAAGAUAGCUUGGAGGUGUUUUGA